AUGGCGUCUAUCGUUGGCGUUGCUUGCCAUUUCGGCCUUUGCCGGAGCUCCAAACGCGCUAAUCGUCUAUUCCCCGGGGGGCAGAAUUUGGGAGCUCCUGCGGCGCCGCAUGGCGCAAGCCAAGAAGGAUACAACGUCUGUGUAGCUGCGGGAUGUAAUCAAUUCGAGUCAGACAGUUCCAAUCCGCUGCAGCACCAAUGCGGCAUGCAUACUGUCUGCAAGCGGUGUCCAACCCCCGGAGUAAGCAACGCGGACAUUUGCCAUCUGUUCCCGCCCACGCAAGGCCGCAUCAACGUAAUAGAGGGUAGUAUGGAUACAACCAGUUCUGGGCAUCAUGGAGCUUAUGAGGGUGGGCACUCGGAGGAUGAUGAGGGCGACGAAGGCUCUUUUUUGGAGAUAAACUCGUUUGACAUGAAGUUCAGGCCGUCCACUUCCAACGCCGAUAUCAAAUCAUAUGCGAGAUCUUGCGCAGUUGAUAGGGAUGGGUUCGUAGACGUCGCAGUUCGAGUUGUUUUGCAGUGGUACAAGGUUCCAGGGAAGGAGAGCCCUAAGGAGGCGGCAUACGAGGAAGAAGGCGAAGAAGAUGGCAUGCUUGAGAUGGAGCCAGCGUCACGAUUAUCUUUGGAUGAUUUGGACUAUUCCUCAGAUGAUGAAGGUGGAUCGUUUCUCGAAAUAUUCCCACAGUUAGGUGAAAAAUUACGGGGGAUGUUUUCGUCCGACAAAGACUCCGACGAUGACGGUUCCGACGGCGGCGACCACGGUGCCAUCGGGAUGGUGGUGCACGGUCUGGCUGCUGCCGGCCAUGGCGCCUACAACCGCGUCAAACGGCUCUUCAAGUCGCCCAAAUUGCAGGUCCACUAUAGCGUGAGCCAUCAGACGUUAUCGAGCUGUAGGCAGUCCCAGCGAUGGGAGGGAUCGCUCCACGGUUCAUCGCUGAUAUUCACGUCUAACCAGAACAUCAGGAUCCUAGCGUCAAAUCUACAGAGCAAAUUCUUUGUGGACAACUUAAAGGUACACGUGACGUGUAAGGAUUGCGAACAGCUGCAGUCACGUUCAUGCGUUCAGGUACACUGCGCCCAGAGGCAGCCGCCUGCGCGCAUCCACGCGUUACGUAGCUUCACGCACCCGCCAACGGCGCCCACUCUCCAGCCCAUCGCUAUGCAUCCGCCGCCAGCAGCCGGGAUAGGGCACGCUGUGCCUCCAAUCGCACCUGCAGCUGUGCACACGGCGCCGCUCAACGUCUACGACCCUAACACCAUAGUGGCACAUAUCGCAUCACACUCGGGGAACUUCGCAGACGCUCCCGGCGUCCUGAUUGCCACUAUCGUUAUUCUGCUCUGCACAAUAGAACUGUUGGGUUAA